AUGGCAGCUUCUUCAUCAGCAGCAUCUUUUCUUGCAAUGAGAGACCAAGAUCAGAAUCAAAUGAAACUACAACAUUCUUCAGCGCCAUCUUCAUCAACCGCUCCACCGCAGAAGAAAAGAAAAAAUCAGCCUGGAACAUCAAAUCUAGAUGCAGAGGUGAUAGCACUAUCUCCCAAGACCCUGAUGGCUACAAACAGGUUUGUUUGUGAGGUAUGCAACAAAGGGUUUCAAAGAGAGCAAAACCUUCAACUGCACAGAAGAGGACACAAUCUGCCUUGGAAACUAAAGCAGAAGACAACAAAAGAGGUUAAGCGUAAGGUGUAUUUGUGUCCAGAGCCCACAUGUGUACACCAUGACCCUUCAAGAGCACUUGGAGACCUCACUGGCAUUAAGAAGCAUUUCUCAAGAAAACAUGGUGAGAAGAAGUACAAGUGUGAAAAGUGCUCUAAGAAAUAUGCUGUGCAUUCUGAUUGGAAAGCUCACACAAAAACCUGUGGUACUAGGGAGUAUAGAUGUGACUGUGGCACUCUUUUCUCAAGGCGUGACAGUUUCAUCACUCAUAGGGCUUUCUGUGAUGCACUUGCUCAAGAGAGUGCAAGAAAUCUUAAUCCAACCUCCUUAAGAAGCAUCGGCAGCCAUUUAUUUGGCAGUAGCAACAUGAGCUUAGGCAUCUCCGAAAUGUCCAGUGGACAAGAUCAAAACCAGCAGCAGGCAUCAGCUGAUUUACUACACUUGGGCAGUGGGAGAUCUGGCCAAUUUGAUACCCUCAUCGGCUCGACCUUUCAGCCCUCGCAGUCGCAGACGCUGCCUUCUUCAGCUCUCUUCCAGCCCGAAUCGAACAAUGAUAAUCAAUCUUCACAUGGGCUGCUGUUGAACAAGUCACUUCAUGGCCUAAUGCAACUCUCUGAACUUCAGAAAAAUCCCAACACAUCUUCGUCAUCAACCGCCAGUCUGUUCAAUCUCAGCUUCUUUUCAAACACUAGUGGGAUCGACAAUAACAACAGCAUUGGCAACAGUAAUAACAGCAGCAACAUAUCUUCAUCCUUAUUGUUUCCAAAUCAGUUCAAUAAUGGACAUUCCAGUGGUAGUGGAGGCGGAGAAGGAUCAAACCUUUUCUCUGCAGGUAAUCUCUUGAAUACUGAUCAUUUGAGUGCUGCUAUCCCUUCCCUCUACAGCACAUCCCUUCAAAGCCAUUCAAUCAGUACAACACAGAUGUCUGCAACUGCACUUCUUCAGAAGGCUGCUCAACUCGGUUCGACAACUAGCAACACCAGUGCUUCACUCCUCAAAAGCUUCGGCACCUCAUCCUCCAGCGGCACAAAAAAUGAUCAUCCUUUUAAUUCAGCGACCAACUUUGGAAUGGUCUUUGGGGAGAAUAAUGGGAAUCAUUUCAAUGACUUAAUGAAUUCCAUCACCGAUGGAAACUCAUCCAUUUUCGGAGGCGGAUCAGGAGGGGUGAAUACUCAUCCAUAUGGUGGUAAUGCACAAGAGAAUGAGUAUGGAGGAUACAGCACCAAUAAACUAAGCUUUGAGCAGCCAUUGCAGAAACACCACAGUCCAAGUUUCAGCAACAUGGAGCAAGGUAGUUUGACAAGAGAUUUUCUUGGAGUUGGGCUUGUUAGGGAGAUGAAAAAAAGACUGCGCAGAAAAGCCAACCUUUUGGAGGCGGGCAUUUUCAAUAAAGAGAAAUAUAUGAACAAGAGAAAGCAUGAAAGUACAGGAAUUUCGACUUUGUUCAAGAGGAUGCUUGCUUUGUUGAUGGAGCCGAUCCAACUUUGA